GUCGUAUUCAUUUUAUAUUAAAAACAAUAGAUUAAAUGAUUUAAUGAAGCAAAGUAAUUAGGAACAAAAUUAACUGACAAAGUAAAGUUCUAAAAUUCUAAAUAGUUAAAUUUUCAAUCUUAUUCAUUUUUAAUUUUGUUUGAAUAAUUUGAUACUUGAAACAAAGUUACUUGAGUGAAAUGCAGGCUAUAUGUAGAUUCAAUGUCAGAUAAAAUCAAUUGAUAGUCGAGUGUUUGCAAUCUUCACUAAUCAUCAUACACUCAUUCCUAUAUCCAUUUAUUAUUAAUUAAAAAAAAUAUGGAACAUCAGAGUAAUCAGAAGGUUGCAGACAAUCCUAAAGAAAAUGCAAACUUACUGUCAAAAAUCACAUUUUUUUGGACUGUGAAUUUGUUCAGAAAAGGAUUUCGAAAAGAUUUGAAAGUUGAAGAUUUAUACAGACCAUUAAAAUCUGAUGAAUCUGAGAGACUUGGUGAUCGGCUUGAGAAAAACUGGAAUGAACAAGUCACCAAAAACCCCAGCAAACCAUCGCUUAUAAAAGCCUUAUUCAAAACAUUUUGGAGAGAAUAUUCAGUUCUAGCUUUUCACAUAAUACUUAAUGAAAUUUGUGUAAAAAUAUUACUUGCCUUAUUUCUUGGAAGACUGCUCGAUUAUUUUAGUCCAAAUUCAACUUCGUCUAAAGGAUCUGCAUACAUAAAUGCUGGAGUACUUCUUGGACUCAAUGCAAUAAAUGCAGUGACUGCAAAUCAAUUUCUAGUUACAAGUUAUUCAAAUGGAAUGAAAGUUAGACUCGCGACAUGUUCCUUAAUUUAUAGAAAGUCAUUGAGACUUUCAAGUACAGCACUAGGAAACACAUCAGUUGGAAAAGUCGUCAAUUUACUAAGCAAUGAUGUAUCACGUUUUGAUAUUGUCUCUGUGGUGCUACAUUAUAUGUGGGCAGCACCAUUAUUAGCCAUAAUUGUUGGUGCACUGCUUUACAUACAAGUUGGAAUUGGUGGACUUAUAGGAAUGCUGGUUAUUGCUGUUGUCACACCACUUCAAUCCUGGACAGGAAAAUUAGCAUCAAAAUUUCGACUACAAACUGCCAUUCGGACAGACGAAAGAGUUCGAUUAAUGGAUGAGAUUGUCAAUGGCAUUCAAGUAAUUAAGCUUUAUGCAUGGGAGAAGUCAUUUAAAAAACUCAUAGCACUAGCAAGAAAGAUGGAAUUAAAAGUUAUAAGAAAGGCAUCAUAUGUGAGAGCAUUGUACAUGACAUUUGUGCUAUUUACCACAAGAUCAGCACUGUUCUCCACAAUGAUGGCAAUUGUAAUUCUAGGAGAUGAGCUGACAGCUUCUAAAGUGUUUGUCAUCUCAUCGUUGUACCAGAUUAUAGCUACUGUACUGUCUCAAAUGUUUGUUCGCGGGAUUGCUGAAAUAGCUGAGGCUCUUGUGGCUAUGGAAAGAUUGCAAAACUUGCUGGUGUGUGAUGAGAAAAUUGAGGAUAUAAUGAUAAGUGAUAAAGUGUGCAAUGAGAAUGGAAAUGGUCUUGCUAAUGUUAAGGACAAGGCAGAUGAUAAAGUUCCUUCAAAUAUUAUCCUACAAAUGGACAAUGUUUGUUGUAGAUGGAAUGCCAUCACAGAAGAGCCAAAGACUGAAUGUAGACUAACCCUAGACAGCAUCAACUUGACAGUUCAUAGGGGAAAACUAAUAGGAAUCCUUGGUCAUGUUGGAGCUGGAAAAUCAAGCCUUCUACAGACAAUACUUCGAGAACUACCAAUCGACAGUGGAACUAUGUCCAUAAAUGGCAAAAUAUCAUUCGCUCCACAAGAAUCUUGGGUCUUUUCAAGUUCCAUUCGUCAAAAUAUUCUAUUUGGAUGCCAAAUGAAAAAGGAACGAUACGAUAAAGUAGUAAAAGCUUGUGCCUUAGAUAAAGACUUUGAAAUGUUUCCGAAAGGUGACUUGACAAUAAUUGGAGAACGUGGAUCUUCGCUGUCAGGUGGCCAAAAAGCACGUUUAAGUUUAGCACGAAGUCUUUACAGAGAAGCUGAUUUAUAUUUAUUUGACGAUCCGUUAUCAGCUGUUGAUGCGCACGUCGGUAAGCACUUAUUUGAAGAGUGCUUAUCAAAUAUCGGAUUUCUUGGCAAACAAGAUGCAACUCGAGUGCUUGUCACGCAUCAAGUUCACUUCCUGAAAAAUGCCGACUGGGUUGUGUUGAUGAAAAACGGAAGAAUUGAGAAACAAGGGCAUGCUGACGAUAUAUUGCAGGAUGAGAAAGAUAUCAAGGAAAUCGCUGAGGAGGUUGAGACAUUUAAGAGGUCGCUUAGUAGAUCAUUGUCUGUAGCUUCAACAGGCUCAAAUCUAAGUGACACAUUAGACAAUAGCUUUGGAGAUGAUGAUGAGAUAGAACCGGAUGUUCAUAAAAAUAUCGAGGAAUCAUCAAAAGGAAAGAUUAAAGGGAAUAUAGCUUUACAUUAUCUAAAAGCUGGCGGAAGUAUCCCAAAAAUAACUUUUGUCUUUGCCUUGUUCCUUAUUACCCAAGCAAUUGCAUCUACUUUUGAUUAUUAUGUUGGAUUUUGGACCGAUCAGGAAGAACUGAGAAGUUAUUACAAUAAUUCAACUACAGUAACUGAUGAGGAAAUGAGUUAUUUAUUGGAUAGUAGCUUAUUGAUCUACAUCGGUGGGAUCUUAAUCGUCACUUUGUUUUUUAAAGCCAUCAUACGAUCGAUUUUCUUCUACUCAAUAACGAUAACUGCUUCAAAAAACCUUCAUAAAAUGUCAUUUGAAGGAGUCAUAUCCACUAAGAUGAGAUUUUUCGAUCUCAAUCCUUCAGGAAGGAUCCUUAAUAGAUUCAGUAAAGACUUAGGAGCAAUUGAUGAGUGGCUUGCCAAAUGUCUUCUAGAUUCUGUGCAAGUCAUUCUUUUAGGAGUUGGCUCAAUCGUCAUCACAACUAUCAUAAAUCCAUACUUUUUGAUACCUGCUGUGAUCUUAUUCAUCAUAUUUGCAUAUCUAAGAAGAUUCUUCCUUAAAACAUCCAAGAAUCUCAAGAGACUUGAAGGAAUCACAAGAUCGCCAGCCUAUGUUCAUCUAGCAGCAACAAUCAAUGGAUUGAGUACAGUUCGUGCUUUUGGGGCACAAGAUAUAUUGAGAAGAGAGUUUGAUCAGCAUCAGGAUCUACACACGAGAGCUUGGUUCUUAUACAUCAAUGUUGCCCAAGCAUUCGGAUUCACCCUAGAUGUAUUGUGCAUGAUUUUUGUAAGUUGUGUAACUCUGAGCUUCUUAAUAUUUGAAACUAGUAAUCGAGGCGCAUCUGUUGGCCUUGCAAUAACACAAUCAAUGACAUUGACAUCGAUGCUUCAAUGGGGAAUCCGACAAAGUGCUGAGGUCAUGAAUCAGAUGAUGGCUGUCGAAAGAGUUUUGGAGUAUCAAGGACUUGAGCCUGAACAAAAGGAAGUAAAGAAAGUUGCUGACAAGGAUUGGCCUAAGGAAGGAGCAAUAAAGUUCAAUAAUGUAGUCUAUAGAUAUGCCAAAGAAAUGGAACCAGCUUUAAGAGGAAUAACAUUUUCAGUCAAUCCAAGUGAUAAAAUUGGAAUUGUUGGACGAACUGGGGCAGGAAAAUCGUCGCUAAUUGGAUCGCUCUUUCGAAUAGCUGAGAUUGAAGGUGAAAUAUUGAUAGACGAUAUUGAUACCCGUGCCUUAAGUUUAGAGCAAUUAAGAUCCAGAAUAGCAAUUAUUCCACAAGAUCCAGUGCUGUUCUCAGGCACAAUGAGGAAGAACUUGGAUCCAUUUGACGAUUAUCAAGAUGAAGCCUUAUGGAAAGCUUUAGAAGAUGUGAAGCUUAAAGAGAUUGAAGGAUUAAGAACUCAAGGUCUUCAAGCCUUAGUUACAGCAGGUGGAAGUAACUUUAGUGUAGGAGAACGUCAGCUAAUAUGCCUGGCAAGAGCUAUAUUACGACAAAAUAAAAUUCUCGUGCUUGACGAAGCGACAGCAAACGUAGAUCCUGAAACAGAUGCGCUCAUUCAACAAACGAUCAGAGAAAAAUUCGUACAUUGCACUGUGCUGACAAUUGCUCAUAGACUUUAUACAGUCAUGGAUUCAGAUAAAAUAUUAGUUAUGAAUUUUGGAAAAGUUGUUGAGUAUGACUCGCCAGAGAAUUUACUAAAGAUUACUGAUGGUACUUUUAGAAGUAUGGUUGAUGCAACAGGCACAACCGAAUUUAAGAAUUUGUUGUCUCUUAUAAAGAAGAAUUUGUAAAAAUUUGAAACUUAAAACGACCAAAGCUACUUAAUUGUUAUUGUAGAUACUGUACUUAUCACUUUAGAUUCUAAUAAAUUUUUGGUUUGGGUUUAAUAAAAUAAUA